AUGUCAGCCCCCGGGAAGCCCAAUUCCCGACAACGCAUUCCGCUAUAUCAGCUAGUACUCUCGCAAGAAACUAUCACCGACGACGUUCUUCAUCACCAAUGGGAGGGCUGUGGUACAGAAGAAGACCCAUAUUUGGUUGAAUGGCUAGUUGAAGAUUCUAGAGAUCCCCAUCAGAUGCAAGGCUGGCUGAAAAUGUCAAUCACUCUACUCCAAGCUGCUUCUUUCCUUUCCAUCACAUUCGCUUCAUCUGCUCUUUCAGCGGCAAAUCCCCAAAUCCGGGAAGAGUUUGGGGCUAGCGCUGAGUUGGUCGUUGCAGACACUUCGCUUUUUGUUCUUGCUUUUGCAAUUGGGCCAGCAAUAUGGGCCCCCUUGUCUGAAAUCUUCGGUCGUCAGAUCAUUUAUAUCCUAACCUAUGGCCUCACUACAGUUUUGGCUGGAGCAACGAUUGCAAGCCCAAACAUCACUGUACUUCUUGUUCUCCGGUUUCUAACAAGUGCAUUUGGCUCUUCGGCAAUUUCUAAUACCGGCGCUGUGAUUUCGGACAUGUAUGUGGCCCGCGACAGAGGAAUAGCUACAAUUGCCUAUGUUGGAGCUCCACUUUUCGGUCCAAGUCUUGGGCCAGUAGCUUGUGAUUUCCUCGCUGUGUAUAAGGGCUGGAGAUGGGUGCAGGGUCUCAUUACUAUCUUCAAUGGAGUGGUGUUUUUAAUGGGUACCAUCUGCAUUCCCGAGACCUUUUCACCAGUUCUUCUGCAGAAGCGAGCCGCAAAGCUUAGCAAACUUACUGGAGCUGUGUACAAAAGUCGUCUCGAUGUCGGUGAUUCCCAUCGAACAGCCAGACAGAUCUUUGCCAAAACUAUGGUCCGGCCAUGGAUAUUGCUCUUUUUGGUUCCGAUCGUUCUGCUACUGUCUAUUUACAUGGCAAUAAUCUACGGCACCAUGUACAUGGAGUUUGCUGCCUUCCCUAUUGUCUUUGAAGAUACCCUCAAAUGGUCACAGAGUACUUCAGGGUUGUCAUUUUUAGGAAUGAUGAUCGGGCAAAUCCUCGGUUGCAUCUACUCCACCUUCGAUGACAUCCGUUACAAGAAAGUAGCGGAUAACACUCCUUAUGGCCGACCACCCCCAGAAGCCCGAUUGAUCCCAGCCAUGGUCGGCUCAGUAACCCUUCCAAUCGGUCUGUUCUGGUUUGCUUGGACCAACUUCCCUCACAUUCCUUGGAUCGUAUGUGAGAUCGGAACGGUUCUCUUUGGAUUCUCGCACGUUUCAAUCUUCCUGAGUAUUCUGAACUACCUUGUCGAUGGCUAUACUAUCUACGCUGCAUCUGCGCUGGCAGGUAACGCUGUUAUUCGAGCCGUUUUUGGCGCAGCAUUUCCUCUAUUCACUACUCCAAUGUACAAAAAUCUCGGCAUUCAUUGGGCCUCUUCGAUCUCUGGCUUCCUUGCUGCUGCCUGCCUGCCAUUCCCUUGGAUAUUCUACAAAUAUGGACCCGCUAUUCGCCGAAGAUGUCGCUAUGCCGCUGAGUCCUCUCGCCAAUUAGAUGCCAUGGCCGAUCGAAUGCGAGCACAGACUGAGUUAAAGGCCAGCGCUGAAACAAGGCUUGAGGAUGAAACUGGUUUCAUCCCGAACUCAAAUCAGUCAUCUGCCAACAAGGAAUCCAUUGAGCAUUGA